AUGAUUCAACUCACUGGUUUUAAUGAACCAUUCUGUCCAUACUUUGCUGCAGAGUCGCAGGAUGGUAAUUAUUUUAUAACAGACAGUGAUAACAAACAAGUAGUUGUAUGUAAUAACAAUUUUGAACUAAUUAGAUGUUUUGGCAGUGAGGAACUGACAUAUCCUGUUGGUAUUAGCAUUAGCCCUGUGAAUGAAAGGGUGUAUGUUGUUGACCAGUAUUCCCAUUGUAUAAGAAUAUACAAACAAGAUGGGAGAUAUAUAAAUUCAUUCGGAUCAGAGGGUGGUGAAGACUGUCAGUUUAAAUAUCCUUGGGGAAUUACUACUGAUAAUAAAGGUAAUGUCAUUGUGGCAGAUCAAAACAACCACCGCAUACAAGUAAUGACUGGUGAAGGAGAAUUUCUAUUCAAGUUUGGAAGUUGUGGAAAUUCUGAUGGUCAACUACAGUAUCCUGGGAGUGUAGCUACUGAUACAGAUGGAUAUGUGUAUGUGAGUGAUUGCGUUAAUAAUAGGGUUCAGAAGUAUGACUCCCAUGGUCAAUUUGUAUGUCGUAUUGAUAGUCCUGGUGAUGGGUUGAGAAAUCCCUAUGGUAUCUGUGUCACAAAUGAUAAACCAUUUGGCAAAGUUGUAGUGGCUGAUUAUAGCAAUCACUCCAUUAAAGUAUUUGCACAAUAG